AUGGAACAACUUGUGAGGAGGUUCUCGAUCGCGUCGAGUGGCCCGAGCCGUCGUGGUUCGAGCAAGACCGUCACGUUUGAAGAUGAUUCAGAAGAAGGAGUGCUCACCAGGAUCGCAAAGCAUUUGACCUGCCAUCCCGAAUACCAUGUGUACGACAACCAGUUUAUUCACGUGAGACGCCGGAGUUCGGGACCAGAGUUCAGUCACGAGAGGUAUCACAGACACCACAGAGCUUCCCGAAGCUUUGCCUCUCCUCCCGGUUACCACUGCCAUCCUCGCCGGAAUUCGAGCUCUCGACCUCCUGAGGGCUUCGGACUCGGGAGCGUUUUCUGCGUCAGAAGAAAAUCCAUGGCCGAGUACUACAGGGUUCAGGAGUCCGAUGGGGGCUUUUUCGAGAAUUUCACAGCUAUAUCGUGGAAACAGGAGAACCGUCGUCUUCAAAUAACACGUGAGGACACCCUCGGUCAUGACUUGUCUCCUCUGCCGAACGAAGGCGAAGUUCUGCCUCCGAUCGCGCUGCAGGCUGAGCAAAAGCUGGGACGCAAAGAACUGGAAGAUCUCUACAUUGAAGUUCUCUACACCAUCAAACAUAAACUCGGCGCGGGAACAUCUUAUGCCGAGGCGGAGCUGUUCGCGUUCGCUCAGGAUGCGUUCGGAUUCUCUGACGAGACCCAUCAGAGGCUCCUGUGUGCCGCCGCUGAGGAAAAACCUCCGAUCCCGGUUCUUAACGUUGUGGUCGUUGAAGCCCAAGGUCUGGAGGCAAAAGACCCGAACGGUUUUAGCGAUCCAUAUUGCAUGCUGGGCAUUCAGCCCGGCAAUCCUCAUAUGGCGGCGGAUAGACGGAACAGCGCCGAAGACGAUCAACGCGACGAGCGCGAGAGGAAAGCCAGCUCUUCCGGUUCCCCGUCUCGAAGCCCCUCACUCCGGAGUUCUUUUCGAAGCAGGCUCGGAGCCUCUUUCAAACGGCGCAACGACCAGCAUCACAGCCGGAGCAGAAGUAACAGUCUACAAGAUACUCUACCAGCCAAGUUCAUUCGCACCACGACCGUGAAGCCUGCGACCUUGAAUCCAAUCUGGAAUGAACGCUUCCGACUCGACAUCGACGAUAUCAAAAAUGAUCGCCUGCACCUCGACGUCUGGGAUCACGACGAUGAAUCUAGCGUAUUCGAUGCCGCACGAAAAUUGAACGAAGUCUCUGGUCUCAAAGGCCUUGGAAGAUACUUCAAACAAAUCGCCCAAUCUGCACGCUCGGGAUCGAGCACCGAUGAUUUUAUGGGAUGCGUUAACGUGCCUCUCGAGGAUAUACCCACGUCCGGAAUCGACAGAUGGAUUCCCCUGGAGGGCCGCACUGCCCGAUCCAACGUACAAGGGCAGAUCCGACUCCGUCUCAGUUUGGGUACUCGCGAAGAACGCGGUACAGUACAGGGCGAAGAUAAUUGGAAAGAGGUCGUCGAACAUCAGCAGCUGCUGUGGAUCUUUGUGCAGCACACGCUCGAGGACUUCAAGAUGCGUAAACCGGCCGAAUGGACCGGGGAACUUCCACGAGCGGCUCAGACGAUUCUGCACCAACACGCCAUCCAGGGGGAUAUUACCGCCCUCCAGCAAGCUAUCACCCGCUGGAUAAUUUAUUCGAAGAAACAUCAAACUGGCACCACUCUCGACUACGCUCUCUUGUACCAACUUCUCGAAGACCUCGAUGCUAAAUGGCAGGACUCCGACAAGUCUCUUUCGAGGGACGAGGAAGCCUCUCUGGCAGACUCAUUCAAUAAUAUGAUCGACUAUUCGCUACAAGCCAUCUCGAAACAUCGAACGCUUUUUCCGGCAGGCAAUCUCGAAGCCGAACACCGGCUCAUCCACCUGCUCAAAUGUCUCUCGCUCAUCUAUAGAAUGAAGGCGUUCAAAUGGUGCUGUCCAUUCCGCAACCAGUUGACGGUCGAAGUCAUAAACGCGUUAAGGAGAGGAACGAUCGAAUGGUUUGCAGUAUCUCUCCUCCAAUUCCAAAAUGGAGCUCAAUCGGGAAUUUGUCCCGAGCACGCUCUACUCGACGCGUUCGCUCAGCUAGCGAACGCCAUCAAUACCGAUCUCCAGAGGAAUGAUAAAUACUGCAAUCACCUUUUCGAAACAUAUAUAGCCAUGAGUUAUACAGCUACCAAUUUCAAGCAGUUCGAGAAGCUGAUCUCGGACGAAAUCGGUACCCGUCUUCAAACACAGGUUCACUCGGCGCUAGCAGAGAAGGUCAAAGCCAUAAUUGCUGCCCAGGAAAACCCUGUGAACGCGAGCAUCAGUGCCGACCACGAUGAAGCCCUAGCAAUAGGAACUACAAUGUUCGAGCUGUACAUGGCGCUCCUAGAGUUCAACAAAUUCCGCGCGAACCACAAUAUCGACCGGGUGAACGACGCCCAGCGACCCGUUCAUUCCUUCCAGCAUUGGUUCAGCGACGCUAUCCAGUCCUGGUUCAUUAUCGCUAAAGGCAAGGCCCGCCUCCGGAUCCGAAAAGCACUCGAAAUUGACAGGCAACUGAAGUUCGUGGAUACCAACGUGCAACAUAGCACUUCGGCUGUCGAUACGACCACAUGCUUCGAUCAGAUAAAAGAGUUCUGGAAACAGUUGGCGUGGUCUGACCAGCGAACCUCAUUCCCCUUCGUGAUGAAAAUUGUAGAGGCAAUUUGCGACGGAGCUGUCUUCUACGCAAAUCUUUGCCACAUGAAGCUUUAUACCGCUGGCUAUUACGAUGAGGAAGGUUCCUUUGACGUAACCGAAGAGGUGUGCAUCAUCAUAAACAAUAUCGAGCACGUCAGAAGGGCAUUGCGUCCCAUCAAUGAGGAACUUCAGUGUGAAGAGGUUUUCUUGGCAAUCGAAAAGACCGAUGGUCACCAAACCUCUGAUAGGUGCAAGAGUUCCCUCUUAACUUUGCUCCAGACCAGCAUGGAUGAUGUGGUACAGAAACUUCUGACAGUCAUCGCUGGCUUAGCAGAAAAGAUGAGACCCGAUGUCAAGAAACACCUUUUUCAUCUGGCCUGGGCCCCCGAGAAAAUAGAUGCUAGAGCAGGUCUCGGUCCCCUCAUGGAUUAUCUAGACGCGAACCUCAAGGUGCUCUAUAAUAAUUUGAUGCGCGUGAAUUUCUACCGAGUGCUAGAAACCGUGUGGAGGGUGGUUCUGCAAGAGUUGACGCUGACAGCCCGAAAUAACGUCGGAGAGCGUCUACCUUUCUUCAAGCGACUGUUUUUAGCGCUGCAUCACCUUUGCGAUUUCUUCCAUGGAAACGAAAAGGGACUCAGUUUGUCUAGUCUCCAUAACCCUGCUUACUAUGAUUUGGAUAAAUUCCUGCAGUACCACAAAGACGACACACAUACGCUUAUCGAGCAGUACUGCUUCACACGACUGAAUGAGCAACACGAUCAAAUCCAACUGUGUCACCACUCGCCCAACCCGUUUGGUUAUCUUCAAGUCAGAACCUUUUAUAACUCCGCGGCGGAGUGCCUCAUCGUUGAGGUUAUCAACGCGCGUGACCUUAUCCCGAUGGACCCGAACGGCUACUCUGACCCCUAUGUCGUCGUAGAACUACAACCGCGACAUUUAUUCCCGCAUCAGCCCCCAAAUGUGCGCACUCGGGUGCAGAAACGAACGCUCUUCCCUCAGUUCGACGAAACUUUCGAAUUCUCGGUGAGCAUCAGCAGCUGCCGUCACGAGGCUGCUAUGAUCUGCUUUACCGUUAUGGAUUUUGAUAUGAUGACGAAGAACGACUUUGAAGGCGAAGCUUUUCUACGCGUUACCCAAGUGGCAGGUGUCGACGGAACUGGCAACAUACUCAAUGUAACCCCCAUGGAGCUACCGCUUCUUCAGCCCAAAGAGAAAAACGAGAUUCUGACAACGCUAGAAGCCCGUCAGUGGGACAGAGAAGCCCUAGAGUUUGUAAAACAUCAGAGAAACCGAAAGAGAUAA